AUGGAUAACUUUGAGAGCCAAGACUUUGACACAGUGGACAAUGAUGUGGAGCGUGCCACAAACUUGAACCGUGACCACUUGGACUAUGUGGUGGAGGAGAGCUGGCGGUGGGCCAUGGCAUUCUUCAUCGGGCUAUCCAUGGGCUUCUGCGCCUUCUGCGUGGACGUCAGCUUAGAGACCCUGAACAGUUGGAAAUUCGGGGCGGUGAAAAGGGUAAUACGGGAGCGCGGCGGCUUCUGGGCGCCUUACGUAACCUUCCUGUCAUUCUGCAUCGUCUAUUCUGGCGUCUCCGGCGCAAUCGUUUCGUUUAUCGCCCCCCUGGCCGCGGGGAGUGGAAUACCUGAGAUCAAAACCUACCUCAACGGCGUCCAUGUCAAGGGGCUGCUGGGGUUGCGGACGCUGGUGUUCAAGUUGAUAGGGGUGGUGCUGUCCAUGGCCGGCGGCCUCAUUGCCGGCAAGGAGGGGCCCUUCAUCCACGCAGGUGGCAUAGUGGGCGGCGGCUGGGCGGGCAUGGGGUCGAUGACAUUGACGGAGCUGGCCAAGGGCAGGCUGCAAUUCCGCGCUCCGCGCAAAUACGGCGGCUACUUUAGAAGGCAGCAGGAGCACCGGGACUUUGUGUCCAUCGGCACAGCCGCGGGCGUGUCGACGGCGUUCGCGGCGCCGGUGGGGGGACUGCUGCUGGCGAUCGAGGAGGGGUCCUCUUUCCUGAGCCUGGGCCUGUUCUGGCGCGGCUUCCUGGCCACAUGCACCGGCGUCUUCACACUGCACUUCCUCGCGCAGUGCCACGCGAAUUUCACCGGCAUCCUCAGCCAGAAGUUCGGCAUCUGGCGCGACCUUGGGUUGUAUGAUGACAACUUGGCGCUGUACGGCAAGCGCUACUACUACUACGUGUGGGAGCUGCCGGUGUUUGUGCUCAUGGGAUGCGCGGCCGGCCUGCUUGGCUCACUCUUCAUAAAACUGAACAUUGCUGCCACCAAGAUGCGCGCUCGCUUCGUGCCGCCGCGCAAACCCUGGCUGCGCCUGCUGGAGGUAGUGGUGGUGGCGUGGGUGAUUGCGACGGUGUUUUUCCUGAUCACCUACACUUCGCCCUGCCUCAAGCUGCCGCCGCCAAAUCAGCUGAAAUAUUUUGAGCUUGGCGGCAGCGAUCAGGACAUCUUCUCGGGGGUGGACGACACCGACGCGCGCGGCCUCAAACACUUCCCUCGCCUCUGGUGCGGCAAGGACGAGUUUAACCCGCGGGGCCAGCUGUUCUUCACCCCGCUGGUUCAAGCCAUGCGCAUGAUCAUCCACCUGGGAGAGACCGUCCCCGAGGCAACCGAUGAACUAGUCUACCGCAUCAGCGCCGCCACGCUCAUCCUCUGGACCGUGACCGUGUUCUUCUUGAUGCUCCUGACCUUCGGCAUCGGCGCGGCGUCAGGGAUAUUCAUACCCUCGCUGGCAGUGGGUGGGGCGUGGGGCCGCCUGGUGGGAAUGCUGGUGCAAGCCUGCGUCCGCCAUGCUGGCAGCAGCAUGCCAAUCUCCCUGCCAGCCUACACGGUGGUGGGAGCUGCGGCGAUGUUAGGGGGAGUGACGCGGAUGACGAUCUCCAUUACAGUACUAGCAAUGGAGGGAACAGCGGCGCUGCAGCUGAUAGUGCCGCUCAUGUUUGCGGUCUUUGUUGCCAAGAUGGUUGGGGACAGCCUCGCGCCAUCGGUCUACGAUGUGCACAUCAAGAUCCGGGGGGCGCCUGUCCUGAGUGGGCAGGAGCCACGUCAGCGAAUGGUCAACGACAAGCUGACCGUGUCGGAGUUGGCGACUACGGCUUUAGUCGCGUUGCCGCCCAUUGUACUAAUCCGCCAGCUGGCAGAAACCAUGCGGUCCUGCCGCCACGCUGCGUUCCCUGUCACCCCCGACACCAAAGCCGCCUACCAGUCAGACACGGCGUUUGCGCUGCACGGGGUGAUAAUGCGGACGCAGCUGCUGCGCAUGCUCAAGCACCGCAUCGGCAUAAUUGAAAGGCUGUCACCCCCCACAUCUAAUCUUGAUUUUCUGGUGUCCCAGGAAGAGCGGCUGGAUCUGCUGGGCCAACUAGAGCAGCUGCCGCUCAAGGUGCGGACAGAGGAGCAGGAGGGAAUAUUACAGGGGCUGACUAAUGCUGAGCUGGCGAUGUGGCUGGACCUGCGGCCCUACAUGCAGCGGACGCCCUUUGUGGUGCAAGGGAACGCCAGCCUAGCCCGUGCCUACCGCCUGUUCAGGACGAUGGGGUUACAUCAUCUCUUUGUCGGCACCCCGAAGCCGCAAGUCAUCGGCGUCAUCACUCGCAAGGUGAUGUCAUGCUCACCUCAAUGCUCAUGGCACACUGCUCAUAUGUCUUUCCCUCUCACGUGA